CCCUCUUUUGCAAGGGAAGGGGAAGGAAGAAAAGCCUCGCUUCUGCCAUGGCCUGCCUGCUCUGCUUGGCGCUCGGCUUCCUCGCCUUGGUCUUCAUGUCUCUCCUGGUCAAGCGCUGGAUCCGAGCAGAUGCCGACCUGACCUUGCUGUGGGCCGAAUGGAGGGGCAAGAAGCCCGAGAAGGUGCUUCCUGGGAAGGUGGUUUGGGUGACGGGCGCCUCCAGUGGGAUCGGAGAAGAGCUUUCUUACCAGCUCGCCAAGAUCGGGUCACCGCUCGCCCUCUCGGCAAGAAGGGAGAAUGAACUGGAGCGGGUGAAGAAGAAGUGCCUGGAGAUGAGCAGCCUAAGUGACAAAGAUAUCCUCAUUGUGCCGCUGGAUUUGACAAAUAGGAGCACCCAUGAAUCUGCAACACAAAGUGUUCUGAAGCAUUUUGGAAAGAUUGAUAUCUUAGUGAACAACGGCGGACGUUCCCAGCGCUCCCUCUUUGUGGAUACGAGCAUCGAUGUCUACAACGCUAUAAUGGAACUCAACUACCUGGGCACCAUCUCCCUUACGAAACAUGUCCUGGAUCACAUGAUACAGAGGAAGAAAGGGAAGAUUGUCACUAUGAACAGCGUGAUGGGCAUCAUGGGAGCUCCCUUGGCUACUGGCUAUUGUGCCAGCAAACAUGCUCUGCAGGGUUUCUUUAAUUCUCUUCGGCCCGAGGUUGCAGAGUAUCCUGAAAUAAGUAUAAUUAACCUCUGCCCGGGGCCUGUCCAAUCCCAGAUCAUACAAAAUGUCUUUACUGAAGAGGUCUCAAAGGUGAAUGCUAACAUUGGGGAUCAGUCUCACAAAAUGCCAACUGACCGCUGUGUCCGGCUCGGUCUGGUUAGCAUGGCAAACGAUAUAAAGGAAGCCUGGAUCAGCGACAACCCAUACCUGGCAGUAUGUUACCUCUGGCAGUAUGCUCCUACCUGGGCAUGGUGGCUGUUGAACCGCAUAGGAAAGACGAGGAUAAAGAAUUUCAAGAGUGGAGUGGAUGCUGACGUUUCUUACUACAAAAAGUCUUCCUAAGAAGAUGCGUGUUUUUAACCUUACUUCACAACUAUGCCUGCAAAUGGAAGAAAUCAGAAAGGCUUGAAAUUUGAAAAAUUUCAUUUUUAAAUAGCUACUUUGGUAAAAAUCUAAACUGUAACUCAGAACCUGAGUUAAUUUCUGACAUUAGCCACAAGCAUAGAAAUAUAUUCCUUUUAAUAUGGUGCUAUAUAUUGCUUGUUAUCUUAAUAUUAAGAUGACUAUUCUUUUCCCCAACAUCUUCUUACAAUGCCUUAAAGCCUUUAGACCAGGCACUGGCGAAUUUCGUCCCUCCAGGUGUUUUGGACUUCAACUCCCACAAUGCCUGACAGCCAGUAGGCUGUCAGGCAUUGUGGGAGUUGAAGUCGAAAACACCUGGAGGGACGAAGUUUGCCAUUGCUUGCUUUAGCCUAACUUCCUUUUUUAAAAGUAGAAUCCAUUUAAUUCAAUGGGGCUUGCUUCUGAGUAGACAUGAAUAGAAAGCUGUGUAUUAGACACAUAUUCUAACUAUUUACCUUGCUCUAUCUGGAGCUCUCAGGGCAGUUUUUAUUACUAUUUGUAGAGGACACACACUUACAUCUACUACCUCUAGAAGGAUUAUUCUGUGACACUGUGAGAGUACCAUUAGUGUCUUCUUACCAGCCUCAAGUGGGAACAUUCUCCUAUGUGUUGAUAAGCUAGAGUAAAACUUCCAAACUUUCGUUCUGUGUCAGGGAUCUGAAAUGUAACCCCCAGAUUCCAGCCAUUUCUGAGGCCCAUGGGCACCUACUCAUUAUCAGGUCAAGUUUUUGUAUAUGCAAGUUUUGAGGUGGAGAGGGUCAAUUGUCAUUACAGGAAGCCUCCAAAAGCAGUGAUCUUGCCAGAAAGCAAAUCCCAAAUAUUCAAAGCAUGUAAAAGAAUCUUUGUGACGUCUUUAAGAGAAAGAAGUUGGUAGCCUGAGCUGAGAAGUCUUUCCUCAGAAUGGGGCAAAGAGGGUGAGGGGCUGGGGAGGGUCUUAAACAAGUCUUUCUAUCAGUCUCAAAAGUGCUUUAAGAUCUGCAUAUUCCAAACUAAACCAAAAACGAACUUCCAGCUUUGGGUUUUCCCAAUUUUUCCAGGAUUAGUGCAGUCUUGGUGGGCCCUCAGAGCCCAAAAUUGGAAUGUUGCUUAACCUUUUUCUAUAUGGAAAAUAAUGGAGGGACAAGCGAGCCUAAUACCUCCAUCCCUUCAGCCUGCUCUACCAAGCAGCAGGAAAUUUCUCAAAUCACAGGGUGUGUUAUAUAUCCCAAAUUCGUUUUUCAAACAUUACUUUUAUGCCUCUAAUGAAAAAGUACUUCCCUUUAUUACCCUGUUUCCCUGAAAAUAAGACCUCCCCGAAAAAUAAGACCUAGUAGAAGUUUUGCUGAAUUGCUAAAUAUAAGGCCUCCCCGAAAGUAAGAGCUAGCAAAGUUUUUGUUUGGAAGCAUGCCCAGCGCCUGCCAAACAGAACACCAGAGCAUGCAGGAUUGGUAAAUGUACAUACCAGUUGUACAUGGAAAUAAUGGUAGUAACAAGAAAUUCUUGAUAAGAUUCACAAUUUGUCUGGUUAUGCUGGUUUGUGAUGACAACUACUGUACAGUAUAUAAUAAAUGUUCUUUUUUUUUGUUCAACAAUAAAUGUGAAUUCUUCAUGGAAAAAUAAGACAUCCCCUGAAAAUAAGACCUAGCACAUCUUUGGGAGCAAAAAUUAAUAUAAGACACUGUCUUAUUUUCGGGAAAACACAGUACUUGUAAAUAGGACACCUAGUGAAUAUUAUUUGAUUGGCAUCUGAGUGGAAGAUUGAGAUGGCAAAGUACUGGAAGUUAUAGACAGUUUGAUUAACAAAUUGGUAAUAGUGAAAUGGACUUUCCUAGAAAGGUCUACAGGCUUUCUGCAAAUCCAAGGGAGAAGUUACAAAUGAUAUCUUUUUUCUCUCUGGGGAAAAAUGCAUCCUGUAUAUGGGAAUUGAAAUCCCACUCUGAAUUUUACCUCUAAACAGCACAAUUGUGCAACAAACUUUUCCAUUUGUCAACCUUACUAUACCAGAUAGACUGUUUUUCCCAAACUACUAGUGUCCAGUUUGUGUAUUUACUAAAAAAGCUCUUCGUUUUUUGUAAGCCGUUUGUUAAAGUAUUCCUUUGAUAGCGCAAAAUAAAGUACACAGUGGAACAAGUGAAAAAAGUCUGUUGUAUCAAAACUUUGCAUAUUAUAUACAUUCUGUACCAAUCUGUGGUUUAAAGUAUACAAGCUGUGACCAACAUCCUGGUGCAAGUCACCUGUCAAAAUGCAGUUUUUUUCAGGAUUUUUAAAAAAAUGAAUACAUUAUUGAGCUUAUUGCCUGCAUUACAUCUUCUCCCAGUGUGUAGUGUCUCUGAUUAGUAGCCUUGCAGGAUCUGAAAGUUGUAGUAAUGAAAGAGACGUAUUUGGGGAUUUGUACCAGAACCUGACCUUCAUAGCCAUCAUCUUCCGAUUGAGUGUUUCAACAGCAAGAAGAGAAAGCCCUCAUUUUCCUGCCCAGCAAAUGGCCCAGUAUUAAAGCAAAGGCACAUGGAGAGGUUCAGAGGAAUAAACCGGAUAGCCCAAGGGAGGGUCUGCUGCUUGUAUGGUCAGGUUCCUUAAAAGGACAGGAUGGGCUUGGAUGCUGUAGCGUUCCUCGUCAUCAUUUGUGGCAUAAAGCAGCUCCCAUGAGAGAUUUGCCCACUGUCCUCUGACCGCUUCUCCAUUAAGUUUUCCCACCUGCACCAGGAAAUCCUGGAGGGUAAGGACUCUGCUAGUAUAAACUCCCUGGAAGAUGUAAAACAUACAGAAAAGUCAGCAUGUAUUAGCACUGUGCAGAGCAAUGUUCAAUGAAAUCAUCGGUGCUGUAUUGCCCUUUGAGAAGGAAGCACCAUGAAGCCUCUCUCUGCCUCAAGAGGCCUUACACGAGUCAGCAUUAGGGGCUCUUGUAUCAAAGUUAGAUAACUUUCUUUUGCCUAUCUCCACUUUUAUCUGAGAUUUAUUAUUUGUAACAAUAAAAGUAAACCUUAUGAAAGAA